UGGAUGCUCAUCAGGAUUCCACGCCGCGGUGUUGAUAGUUUUGACCGAACAAUGCAAGAUCUUUACGAGUGCUAUUUUUAUACGUAUUGCAACCCAACAGGAGCAGAUAACGGAAAUGAUGGGUUCUACGAUCGAUGCCAACAUAAUCUUUUGCGCCAGGAGAACUUUCCGAAGAAAACACAGUGGAAAGACUGUCAGAGUGAUUUUGUUAGUGGCGAAGAAUUUGAAUUGGGUGAUGAAGAAUCGUUCGACGAGUGGAUUGAUACUUGUGGCAGGGAAAGCGAGCGAGGUGUUAUCAAUGGAUACCAUAGAAUCAUUCCUGGAAGAGCUGAAUUGGACGAGUUGAAUUUAUUCCAGUAUUGUGGAAAGGAGGCGAACAUGCCGUCAUCAGCAACAUCACCAUCGUCUGCAACAAUCACCACCACCACCAUCCAAAGCAUGCCGCGACGCAAAAAACCAGUCGUUAUCGAGCGACGCAACCAGCGAGAGCGUGUCCGUGUGCGUGCCGUGAACGAGGCCUUCGCUAGACUCCGCCAGAUGGUGCCCGCGACCCGAUUGUCGGCCAAACGUGUCUCAAAGGUAAAAACGUUGAAGCGGGCCGUCGAGUACAUUAACGAUCUGCGACGGUGCCUGGUCACAUUCGAGGGUAUCUUCACGGAGUCUCCGUGCGCAAAGCAACCGACGAGAUGGAAAGCUGCUGCUGGAUUGGGUAAUUGCGAACCGUUCCAGCUUAAGUGAUGGUGGUUUAGAAGAUUGGGGGAAAAUUAUAGACGUUAACAGUGAUGGUGCCGGGGCCAAAUGGAUGGAGAAAUGGAAGAACAAAGAUUUCCUCUUUUCUCUCUGGUCCUCGUAUCCGUCUUGCUCGGAUUUGUUCUAG